UCGAAAUUCAAUCGAUCAUAUUUCUGAAGUCAGCUGGGCUAAAUUGGUUGGUCAUAUCAUUCACUGCCACACUGAAAUCUAUCAUGCUGCUCUGCUUUUGACUCGCUUUUGACUCGCCAUGGAAAACAGUGUACGAGAUACAAAAAUGACCGCAAGAAAGAGAGACGGUGCCGAAAUGGUUUAUAAGUGUUCGUCCAUGUUGUCUGUUGUUGCCAUUGCUUUCACUUUUGCUGUCUUUGUAAGAAUCGAAUCAGUCGCUCAGGCCUCGAAGACGAUGGACUCCAAGUUCACGCUGCAAAUUCAACAACUCCGAGAUGCCCUCAGUAAAUCAGCCUCCCGCAGUAAAGAGGACCUUGAAGUUUCUGAAGACAUUCAAUUUAAAAGCACCGUGGUCCGCCGUAGUUUGGAUACCUAUAACUCUAAUGAUCCUGUGGGUUUGCGAGACAUGGGAGAGGCUAUCAAGAGAUAUGUGCGAUCGAAUAUGAAAGGAUAUGCCUGUCAAAGUCCGGACAGGGUCUGCGUGGCAGGGCCCCCCGGACUCAGAGGAAGUCGUGGUCCCCCCGGAGAACCAGGAGUCAAAGGAGCAAAGGGAAAGAAGGGAACACAAGGAGUUAUGGGACCUCCAGGAGAACCAGGAAAGCAAGGCAUCAAGGGAGAUAUUCGGCCUGAGGGAGUCAAAGGCGAGAAAGUCCUGGAGUAGAAUAAAUGGCUCACGAUUGGCAAAUUCUGGCGUUCGGAAUAAUUUAUUACAAAUCACAAAAACCACCUUCAAUGACUCAGGAAAUUAUGUUUGCACAGCCAGAAACAUUUUGGGACAAGUUCGAAAAGCCGUAAAGCUUUUUGUUGAAGUGCCUCCUCGUUUUACCAAGAUCCCGAGUAGAGUUAUAAAAGUCAAAGCAAACACAGUAGCCUCUGUUGUCUGCCAAGCUUUUGGUUUUCCUCCACCGACAAUUCAGUGGUCAAGGGCAUUUUCACCGUUACCACAGGGACGAUCAUGUGUCCAGAACGGAGUUCUUACAAUCUCCAAUUUUAACCUUCAAGAUGAUGGCACUUAUCAGUGCAAAGCUGUUAACAAGUUGGGUUAUGUUACUGUUUUGACCACCCUGAGCUAUUUCAGAG